GCGAGUAUCUAGCUGAUCUGAUGGAUAACAUAAAUGAAAUUGCCGCUGAGGCUGCCCUGGCCAAUGCCGGCACUGAGAGCGUCUCCCAUUUCGCCUUCGAGUUGGAUAACAACAACGAAGGCUUACAUGAGCUGGCCCCUGGCAAUGGCCCCAUCUCCGUGGCGGUUUCCACGCGCACCUUCACCGACGAGGAGUUCGGCUAUGCCACCUUCCAGAUGAUAUUCGGGGAUGCCGAUGACGAGCUGCUGCAGGGUCCCUUGAUGCAGAAUGACGAUGAUCGCUCGACCAACAACACCCCCCAGCCACCACCCACGGCGCCCAAUACGCCCAUCAAUUUUGGUGCUUUGGAUGCAGAGGACGAGGACGAUGACGAGGACGGACAGGAGUCGCUGCAAGGAGUGUCCGAUCGGGAGAGGAUGAGCAAGAAACUUCAACCGCAGUGA